CAAGACUGUUACGUAAUUGAAUAAAUAGCCUUGUACAGUAUAAAUUAGCAUGAAUUAAAAGCACGUUGUUGUUGUUUUAAUACGGCGUAUGUUUUAAAACGUGGUGUCAGGAUAGUGAGUUUCUCGUUGAGUUUAUAGCCUCAACAGGUUUCGUGAAUCAUUAAUACGCCUGUAAAUACAUUAUUUAAUGUCUACGGUACAAUAAAAAAACAUAUUUUUUUUCGAGAUCAAUUUGAAAAUUAUGAGAUUUUAACUCAGUUAAACGAAAAUGAGGAGCCAGUGAAAAUCGCGACGCUGUUAUCAAUCAUGGGAAAAGAGUGUUUAAACACAUCGAUAUUAGCGAAGCCAAUAGAAAGAAGAUUGUUCUGAUAUUGGGAGUAUUGCAAAGGCAUUUCGAGCCGACUCGGAUUGUUAUUUACGAACGGUUUAAGCUUAAUACAUGCGAACAGAGCCCGGGAGAGACUGGCACAAUAUAUAACGAAACUUCGACAACUGGCAUCAACGUGUGAGUUUGGUGGUCUAGCUGGAGAGUGAGCUUAUUCGAGAUCGCCUGGUGUUAGGAACGAUAGACGCUAGUGAUGUAUAUGUAUAUAUUGUGUUAAUGUUGGACAAAGCGGGACAUCAGGAGCGAUGGGGGGUAGUUAAAAAGAGCGGGAAAGGACGGAGAGAAAAGAAACAUUACAUUGUAUACUAGGGAUUGAUAUUAUUAAAAGAAACGAACAAACCAGUUUAUGUUUGGCGACGAGGAUUAAAAAAAUCACUUAUCCUGACACUGACUAUGUCACAAUCAGAUAUAUACAACUACAAAGCACCAAAAGCUGAAAUACCGACCACUAUGGCGGCCAUGACGAGCACAUCAACACUAUAUUUUGAUUCUGAUCUUCAUCCAGACGACACUUUAUGUGCUUUUGACGAAUUUAUCCAGAGCUUCGAGCUCCGAUAUGAUGCACAAAAUCCUGAUCCUCCUAAAACAUCUCUAGAUGCGGCUAUUGAACGAUGGAAACUCGCAAACGACGAUAAAAAGUCAAAGCUUGAUGACUAUGACAACAUUCGCGACGAAUGGCGAUCAAAAGAUCGCGUGACAAAACUCCUCGGUACAUUCUCAUCGAAACGAUUGUUUGCUGACUGGAAAGUUGCAGAACCGGAUGAUUCCAAAAGAGCUAAGGUGACGUGGAAAUAUUUCGUGACAACAAUGCAACAGCACUACAAACCAACAGAAAAUCUUACACUUAAAAACCAUCAGUUCCGGUCUUUGGCACAGGACGCCCAUGAGUCAUUUCCGACAUUUUGCGUAUAUAAAGCAGUUCAACACUGCAAUUUCAAAUGCCACAAUGACGAUUGCACUGCCGAAGAUACAGCCAUAUGUGACCAGAUUAUUAUUGGCAGUACACAUGACAAGAUCAGAGAGGAAGCACUCAAGAAUUCAUGGGACCUCCAACAAUUACGCAAGGAAGGAAUGCGAAUUGAAAGUGCCACCAAAGGACUGGAAGAGCUCAACAAUGAAAAUCCAGUCAACAAAAUGGGUAAAUACUCCUUUAAAAACAUGAAGAAAAAACCUGAGGCUGGAAAGCCCAGGUCAUGUUACUACUGCGGACAAGACAUCAAGACAUCCGUUAUUGCUAACCUCAAAUCCUGCAGAGCACGAACCAGCAAAUGUAACUUCCGUGAUGCAAUUGGCCACUAUAAAACUGUAUGUAGGAAGAAGAAAGCAAUCAAUGAACUGAAAAACUACAGCGAACAACAAGCACAUCAAAUCGAAGAUCAUGACCACAGCGGCGUCUACAGCAUCAACAUCUUCAGAAUAACAGAAACACCUCAGCAACAACCUCCUCAUAAGUGA